ACUUCCGUCGGCAGUAAGAAAUUUCGAGAAAACGUGUGUUGUAUACAAACAUUUGUUUAUAUACAAAUAAACUAAAAAUCAAAUCUUGGAAAUGGCAAAAUGGGGAGAGGGUGAUCCUAGAUGGAUUGUUGAAGAAAGACCGGACGGUACAAAUGUCAAUAAUUGGCACUGGACUGAAAAGAAUGCCACCAAUUGGUCAAGGGAUAAUCUAAAGGAACUGUUAACUGGGUUGGCUGUUGAAACAGAUGACGCUCGAUGUGAGAUCACAUCAGUCACAAGUAUGGAAGGCGAAGCCUCCGCAAAUAACAGAAAGGCCAAGCUUAUUUUCUUCUAUGAAUGGGUUAUUAAAGGAGAAUGGUCAGGACAAAUGAAAGAAGGAGAAAAGAAAUACAAGGGAAAGUUUGACGUCCCAAACCUCAGUGAGGAACAUGAACCGGAUGAAGUAGAUGUUACGUGGACUGUUGACAAGGAGACAGAUGAUGGAUAUAAACUGAAGGAGAUCAUGCGGACACAGGGUACACCCAUGGUACAGCAGCAGUUUGCUAAGUACAUCAAGAUGCUUAAAGAGGAAUACAGCCAGAAUGUGAUAUUGCCAACAAAAGACCAGAAAAAACAGCAGAAAAGUACUCAUGAGGAACUUAUCAAUGCAAAGACAGAAAUGAACAAGAUGGUGAUCAGUAACGACAGCACGGCCAGCAAAUCUGUUGGGGUCAAGAUCAACACAAAAACUAUCAACCUUCAGGAAGAGUUUGUGUGUGGUCCAACCCAGCUGUACAGGGUGUUCACAGACAAGGAGAUGGUGCAGGCAUUCACGGGCAGCUCAGCAAUCUACGAGGUUGAAAAGGGCGGCCGGAUCUCACUUAUGAACGGAUAUGUCACUGGAGGAUUUGUCGACCUGGUACCAGAAACGAAAAUCGUUAAAAGGUGGCGUUUGAAAACAUGGCCAGAUGCGCACUUUUCUGAAGUAACUCUGGAAUUCAGCGAAAAAGAUGGUAAUACUUUGUUAAGACUGAAGCAGACUGGCGUUCCUACCACAGAAUAUGAAAAGACGAUAGAAGGCUGGAAGGUGAACUACUGGCAGCGAAUAAGACAAGUGUUUGGAUUUGGAUCGCAUAUUUUUUGAUGCCAGUUAAGACUUUAUUCCAAGUAACUUAAAUUAUCUUUUUUACCAAUACUUCCAGAGAGUCAGCUGAAGAUUUAGUGAUCCAUGAUCAAGUGUUGUCAUUGGUUUUAUCUGGACAAAGAAAACCAUUCUUGAGUAUAUCAAAACACAGAUAUGGGUGUGUAUAGUUCGCUAUGAAGAGAUUGACAUUAAAUAAGUGCUGUUCUGUUACAUUUUCAUAAGAUAAUCUUGACUAAAUGAGCUAUAUGUUCUAAAUGUGCCUCCUGUUGUUCAUUGCUUUGUAACAUUUGACCUUCUUCAUGAUUAUCUGAUGUUAAGAUUCAUGGAUGAUAGCAUGUAAACAAUUAUGUUUUCAUGCAAUUUUGCUUUCAAAAUUGUAAAAAAAGUCCUUGUACCACUCGAUAAAAUUUUCUUACUUUCAUUGUGCUUGAAUGGGUUUGUGUAUGUGUGGGAAAAGGUUUUGGCACUACAUAAGCCAGGUAUGUGAACAUUGUACAUGUUUAUGAGACAUUUCAUAGCACUAGAAAAUGAUUCAUGCAUGUGUUUUAUGAUAACUCAAGUUUAAAGUGAAAUUUCGCAAACAACUUACAGCAUAAUAGUGUAACUGGUCCAUGAAGUGUCCAUGUUGAGUUCCAUUGAAGUGUUAAGUUGUAUUUUUGUGAUAUCAGGAUGUUUUAUACAUAUUUUGUGUUAAGAACUGUCAGAAAAACAUAAUGAAAAGUAGACAUGAGCAUAUAAACAUGCAAGCUACUGAUUUGAUAGACAAUAACCUUACCAAUAGAAGAACAGUCACCAAAGCAAUCUAUAUGGCAACUUGUCAAGCAUGUUUUGUGAUGUUUUUAGUAUGAACAUUGGAAAUGCAUCCAUGUGCUGUUAUAUCGUGCAGCAGCCAUUUGUAUAAAACUGGUCAAUUCUGGGUUCAGGUCAAAGUUGGUCAGAAUGUUUAUUAAUUGGUCAAUAUCUAUACAAUAGGUUAGUUACUGCAGCUACAACCCAAGUUAUUGAAAUUGUACACAAACACUUAAAUCACGAGGGUGUACGCUCUUUAAUCCCGAGGUAUUGGGUGAGAGUUUUUAUCACGUGAGGUAACUGUUUUGUACCAUGCUGUCAAGGUUGUAUAAGUGAAAAGCAUUGUAAAAUAGUUGCACUAAAGUAUUGAACAGUUCAGCUCCACCUAUUGUUACUGCUCCAAUAGGGGAAUUUCAAUGUAUAGAUGAAAACAAAGAAAAACACUCCAACAUGGUAGAAUUAUUAUGAACAAUCAGAAACAUUUAAAUGUGCUGACUAGUCCACUGAUGUGGACAACUUAUUCAAGUCUAAUGCCUGACUAUUUUCUGGGCAUUGAACCCAUUCUGUAAUAAUUUUCUGAAGUCAUGCAAAAAUCCCACUCUUGGAAUUUACAUUCGCAAAUCAAAGAUUGGGAUAAUGAAAAUUACAAAGUUUGAACACAAAUAAUUAUACAAUUGGCUGUUGAUCUUUAUUUUUAGUUGUUUUUUUCUGGGCUUUCAGAAAUAAUGGAUUAGGAAGCAUUGGUAUUACUCCAUGUUCUUUAUUAGUUAAAUUUGUACACAGUUUACAUACUUUGAGUGCUGACAAAUAUUUGAACAACAGUUUACUGUUCCUUUUGCAAUUUAUGUAAUUAUGAUGUGAAAUAAAGCAAAACACAUGUA